AUGAGGCUGGGGCAAGAACGGAUCCAGGGGGGGACCGGCCAGCCGAGUAACUUCACCCACCGCCUGGGCGUUCACCACCACAACAAACUGUCCGAGUCUGACACUCAUCACUCAUCACUCAUCACUCAUCACUCAUCAACACUCAUCAACACUCAUCAACACUCAUCAACACUCAUCAACACUCAUCAACACUCAUCAACACUCAUCAACACUCAUCAACACUCAUCAACACUCAUCAACACUCAUCAACACUCAUCAACACUCAUCAACACUCAUCAACACUCAUCAACACUCAUCAACACUCAUCAACACUCAUCAACACUCAUCAACACUCAUCAACACUCAUCAACACUCAUCAACACUCAUCAACACUCAUCAACACUCAUCAACACUCAUCAACACUCAUCAACACUCAUCAACACUCAUCAACACUCAUCAACACUCAUCAACACUCAUCAACACUCAUCAAAUGGCUAUUACAAUAAUCUUCUCCCUUUCUGGGGUUGA